UGCCUUUCCACGCUCUCUCUCUCUCUCUCUAUCUCCCUCUCUCUCCUCUCUUCCCUCUCUACAAGGCCAUGGUUUGAGAUUGCUCCUUCGCUGAGCAAUUUCCUUCCGCUCUCUGACCGACUUAGACUAUCUUGAAAUCUCCCCCUCCCUUCUCCUCUUCCCUCGUGAAUCCCCCCCCCAUUCGUUAUGUCGUCCUCCGCCCUCCCCAUAGCGGUCGACCCGGUCGCGUUGGUGAUCACUGAAUGUAUCACCGUCACCUCCGCUAUGCGGAAACACACCCGCUGGGCGCACUCUUCGGUUUCCGCGAUUCUAGGAGGGGGCGCUGUCUCACGAGUCUACGACCGGGAUAGCUCGACUCCCCCGAGUCCGCGGAAUGGCAGCACCCCCCCGCGUCCAUCAUCCCGCUUGUCCGUCGCUGACGAUGAUCAUGUCUUGGCCAACCGAUGGGGCUUGAGAGGGAAAAAAGGCAAGAGCAUGCAAGAUAACCCCCUAAUCUCUGCAUUUACCAGGUUACGGAGCGAUCUCAAGGGCUGCAAAAAUAUCCGAACCUUUGAUGCCCCCGCCUUGCUGCAUCCGUUCCUCCAAGUCGUCCGUUCCUCCUCCACCUCGGCUGCAAUAACAUCCCUGGCCCUGGUGGCCCUCACCAAAUUCUUCGCCUACGAGAUUAUCAGUCGGGAUUCGCCCAGGCUGCCGAUGGCCAUGCAACUCCUCUCCGCCGCUAUUACUCACUGUCGCUUCGAGGCCAGUGACUCCGCCGCCGACGAAAUCGUCCUGCUGCGGAUCCUCAAACUGAUGGAAGGCAUGCUGUCGCGGCCCGAGGGCGACUUGCUGGGAGAUGAGAGUGUCUGCGAGAUGAUGGAGACUGGUCUGAGUAUGUGCUGCCAGGUCCGUCUGUCGGAGGUUCUGCGGCGCUCGGCGGAAAUGGCCAUGGUCAACAUGUGCCAGGUCAUCUUCUCCCGCCUGACUCACCUCGACGCCUCGCAAGCCCUGGAAACAGAGUUGGAGACCCGAGCACCGAAGGACACGGAGCAGACAACAAAUCUCAAAAUGGACCCUUCGGUCGAUGGAGACACAGUGACCUCCCAGCACCCUUCCGCUAUAGGCUCGGAUACGGCCGUGGCAGAGCAGGAGCGGAGCAGUCGAGACAGCACUCCCGACCAGUCGCUGCAUGGAACCGCCGUAACCGCUCCGCCCAAUCCUCAAGACGACGACGGCGAGGAGGUCAAACCAUAUUCUCUGCCCUCCAUCCGGGAAUUGUUCCGAGUUCUGAUCGAUCUUCUGGACCCGCACAAUCGCCAGCAUACGGAACCAAUGAAAGUCAUGGCCCUCCGAAUCAUUGAUGUGGCCCUGGAGGUUGCCGGCCCAUCGAUUGCAAAGCAUCCAAGCCUAGCCAACCUGGCGCAAGAUGACCUGUGUCGUUAUCUGUUUCAGCUGGUCCGGUCGGAGAAUAUCGCCAUCCUGACGGGUUCGCUGCGCGUGGCAGGCACCUUGCUGCUGACCUGUCGCUCGGUGCUGAAGCUUCAGCAGGAGUUGUAUCUGUCAUACUUGGUUGCCUGUCUCCAUCCCAAGGUAGAAAUACCCAAGGAGCCAGGAAUCAAUCCGGCACUUUACGAUGGGAUACCGCAAAGACCCAAGUUGGUCAAACCUUCCCCGUCACAAUCCAGCAGUGGUCGCUCGACUCCCGUUCCUGUGAAAGAUCGUCAGAAGCUGGGUCUCGAAGGAGGCUCUCGCAGACCGGAAACCCGGGAGGCGAUGGUGGAGAGUAUUGGCGUCUUGGCACGAAUCCCGAGUUUCAUGGUCGAACUGUUCAUCAACUAUGACUGCGAUGUCGACCGCGCGGACCUCUGCGAGGACAUGAUUGGGUUGCUUUCACGGAGUGCGUUUCCCGACUCCGCCACCUGGAGCACGACCAAUGUGCCGCCUUUGUGCUUGGAUGCCCUGCUGAGCUAUGUCCAAUUCAUCUAUGACCGCUUGGACGAGGAAUUCACAUCGGAGGGCUUCCCUUCCAAGGAUGAACUCCACCAUCAGCGUCGGACCAAGAAGAUUAUCAUCAAAGGAGCGCAGAAGUUCAACGAAGACCCGAAGGCCGGCAUUGCCUACCUAGCCUCGCAGGGAAUCAUUGAAAAUCCGGACGACCCAGUCCUCGUCGCUCGGUUCCUGAAAGGCACCGCACGGUUGUCGAAAAAAGUGCUGGGCGAGUUCAUUUCCAAGCGUUCAAAUGAGAAACUGCUUGAUGCCUUUGUGGAUCUUUUUGAUUUCUCCGGCCAGAGUGUCGUAGACGCCCUGCGCGAUCUUUUGGGGGCUUUCCGCUUGCCGGGUGAAUCGCCGCUCAUCGAGCGCAUUGUUACCACGUUUACCGACAAGUACAUGCAGAAGGCUAAGCCCACGGAGGUUGCAGACAAGGAUGCGCUCUUUGUGCUGACCUACGGCAUUAUCAUGCUCAACACCGAUCUAUACAACUCCAACAUCCGAUCGCAGAACCGCAUGUCCUGCACGGAUUUCUCCCGGAACCUGCGUGGCGUCAAUGCAGGCCAGGACUUCGCACCCGAAUUCCUGCAAGGGGUCUAUGACUCGAUCAAGCAAAACGAGAUAAUCCUGCCUGACGAGCAUGACAACCAGCAUGCAUUCGACUACGCUUGGCGGGAGCUGCUGCUGAAGUCUUCUUCGGCCGGAGAGCUGGUGGUGGGCGAGACGAAUAUCUACGAUGCCGAGAUGUUUGAGGCCACGUGGAGACCCGUGAUCGCCACCUUGUCGUAUGUUUUCAUGUCGGCUUCCGACGAUGCGGUCUAUUCUCGCGUGGUGACGGGCUUCGACCAGUGCGCGCAGAUUGCUGCCCGCUAUGGGCUGACUGCGGCAUUCGAUCGCAUUGUCUUCUGUCUGGCUUCGAUCAGCACUCUAGCCACGGAGAAUCCUCCGAGUACCGCUCUCAACACCGAGGUGCAGGCCGGGGAGAAGACGGUGAUGGUCAGCGAACUGGCUGUCAAGUUCGGACGCGACUUCCGAGCGCAAUUAGCUGCCGUGGUUCUGUUCCGAGUGCUUGCUGGUAAUGAGGCUACGGCUCAGCAGGGCUGGACCCAUGUGAUCCGCAUCCUCAGUAAUCUUUUCAUCAAUGCUCUCAUUCCCCCGCUCAAUUCCAGUCUCAACACGGAGCUCGAGUUGUCCCCGAUCCCACUGCAGAAUCCAUCGCAAGUGGUGGAGCGGGACGCACGAGGCACUGAAACCGGUCUUCUUUCAGCAUUUACCUCGUACUUAUCCAGCUAUGCUGCUGAUGAGCCUCCGGAGCCAUCAGAUGAGGAGCUGGACAACACGUUGUGCACAGUUGAUUGCAUCUCAGCGUGCUCUAUCGAUGACAUCUUGACCAACAUCAAAACUCUUCCACUGGAGACAGUGACGAUGCUAGUGGAAGCCCUGUUGGCCCAACUCCCGGAGGAAAGCGCCCCGGCGGUUAUCGUUGUCAAGCCGGAACGCCCGGCAGCUGGGCCCCGGGCAGCCAAUGGCAGACUCAAUGCCAGUAAACCACAUUACGAUCCGAGCAUGCUUUACCUCUUGGAGCUGGCGACUGCUCUUACCCUGCGGGACUCCCAGACAUUAGCAAGCCUCGGGGAGAGGCUUUUGACCUCCCUGCAAGCCUUUGUCCGCGAUGCGCGGAACAUCCACUCAUUAGCGCUGUCACGCAUCAUCUACUACCUCAUGAGUUUGCUGCGCCUGAGCUAUGACCAACCUUAUAUGCGCGUGCCGGUCAUCCUCCAUGGACUCUCUGGCUUUGACCAGGAUAUUCUCGACAGCGUGGCUAUUCCUCUCGUCAAGAGUCUUUCCCGGUGUAUCGCAGAUGCGGAUGCUCUGCGGAAUGAGAUUUCUGCCUCGCCGGACUUCUGGUCCAUCCUGCAGAGGCUGCACCCGCACGAGAAAGCGGCUCCAUUAGUGUUUGAGCUGCUACAGACCAUUGUCGAGCUGAAUCCUCCAAUCGUCACGGCUGACAACUACGAGUCUGCUGUAAAACUGGCGAACGACUUCAUCAGCGCUGGCAGUGUGGGCUACAUUGAAGAGCGACAACGGGAUGCGCACGGACGACGCAAGGCUGUCAAGCAGCCAAGACCGAGUAUCGAAAACGAAGUAGUGGCCCGGGGAGUCAAGGCGAUCGACUUUGUCUUCCACCUGACACGCCGCAUUCCGGCGCUCAUCAAACAGUCACACCUCGAAGAGGACGAAGCCUGGUCCGCCUACUGGUCGCCCAUUUUCCAGUCCUUGACGGCACAGUGCAUAAAUCCUUGUCGGGAUAUCCGUCACCAUGCUGUCUCAACGCUGCAACGCACGCUUCUUUCCCUCGAAAUCACGGCCACCGAUGAGAAGGAAUGGACUGCCAUUUUCGAUCAGGUGCUUUUCCCUCUGAUCCUCCGCCUCCUGAAACCCGAAGUCUACCAUUCGGAUCCCCUGGGAAUGGGCGAAACGCGGGUCCAGGUGGCUACGUUGGUCUGUAAGAUCUUUCUGCGGUACCUGGAUCAGCUUCCGAACUGGGACGGUAUGCUCGACCUUUGGCUCAGGAUUCUGGACAUUCUCGAUCGGAUGAUGAACAGUGGUCAGGGAGACAGUUUGCAGGAAGCCAUCCCGGAGAGUCUGAAGAACAUUCUACUGGUCAUGGCCGACGGUGGUUAUCUUGUGCCUCCGUCUCAGGACUCGACAAGAGAAAAGAUUUGGAUCGAAACCAAGAAGCGCCUCGACCGGUUCCUGCCGGACUUGUUCCAGGAGAUUUUCCCUCCGAUGGAUGAAAAGGUUACAUCAGCGCCUGUCUCGGCCGUUGCAUCGCCUAACCCAUCCGCAUCUCAGCCCGAGCCAGAGAGCAUGGCCGUCAGAGUGCCAGAGGAUGAAGUAGAAGCCAACCCUACCACCACUACUGAUGAGAAUGCGACCGCCGAAGCGGCCCAGGAGAUUUCGUUGCCCAUUAUCGACAAGGGCAAGAAGGCCGAUUAGACCAGCACUAUUCCUAGACAUGGGACCAAUCGGAUCUAGAAAUAUGAACUGACUUAUGCCCAGAGAUUGAUUUCGAAAGUCUACUUGUUUUGGCAUUCAUAGCGUGGUUAGUGGUGUGUUGUCUGGCCGGUUGAUAAUGGGUUUGGGCCAGAUGUGUACCGUUAGUGCUCUGUUAUACUUGUGCAUAAUCUGUAAAUAUAGUCGACAUUGUAGUACCUGCAAUAGACUAUUCUUGGGGAGGAAGCAUGGAGGAGUUAAAGGC